AAGAAGAAUCAGAAUCGCCUUGUCAUGUGUCACACUUUAGUGUGUGACAACAACCACCAGUCAGCAGGACACAUCUUGUCCUGUCAGGCCCGUUCUGCACAUUGACCGGGUGCAGUCGCUCUCGCUCUCUCUCUCUCUCUCUCUCUCACACACACACACACACACACACACACACAGUCGUCUCUCCUGUGGUCUCGUCACUUCUUCUUCGGCGCCUUUGCUUUUGUUUUUGUUUUUGUUUGUUUUUUUCGCAUGACCAUGGCCGUAAACAAGACGUACAUCAGUAUCGGCUAUGCCUCCUUCGGUCUGCUCGUGGGCUUCUCUGCUUUCCUGACGUGGAACAUCGUGUUCAAACAGCCGUGGACCGCAGCCAUGGGGGGACUGUCAGGUGUUCUGGCACUUUGGGCCCUGAUCACUCACGUCAUGUACCUGCAGGAUUACUGGAGGACCUGGCUGAAGGGCCUCAAGUUCUUCUUCUUCAUGGGGGUCUUCUUCUCUCUGCUGGCCGUCGUAGCCUUCAUCACCUUCCUGUCUGUUGCCAUCAGCAACAAAGAGUCCCUGACUGACCCUCAUAGUCUCUACCUGUCCUGCGUGUGGAGCUUCAUGAGCCUGAAGUGGGCCUUCCUGCUCGCCCUGUCUGCUCACCGCUACCGCAAAGAGUUCGCCGACAUCAGUAUCCUCAGCGACUUCUAAGGGUAUUUAACGGCGACCGCUCAGACUCUACACUCGGUCAUUAUCUGUGCCCUCUUCCCAACCCGACAGCGUCACAGCGUGGGAGAGACAGAGGGGACUCCUGAAGAGGAAACGGGGGGGAGAGUUUCAAACUGUGCUCUGGAUGAGCACCAGCAUCUCCCCCAAACCUCCUCUGUCUUAUGUGUGAAGGAUUUGUUGUCAACUUAGCAACGUUAUGGACAAAUUCACUCUCUGUUUUAUGUGAUACUUGAUAUAUUUUAUCCUCAGCAUCCGGCUUGUCCAUGCAUCUGCACAACUACUUCAUGACAAAACAAUUCCAAACUUUUAACCAGUGAAAGGUCUCACUCCUCAGUGGUAAUCAUGAGUCGAAGUUUUGUGCUUCAGCCACUAGAGGGAGACACUCAUCCAAUAAUUAUAUUAUUAUGUACAGUAAAUGUGCUGGACAUCCCGACUUUGUGAUAUUACACAUAUGUAUUUUCUUUCUUUUUUUCUGUUUAAGUGAAUGAUGAAAUGAUGAUGCUUUAAAUGUUGUGGUACAUCUCAGCACUGCUGUGACAGUGUGUCAGGUUUGAAGGACACAUCAACCCAAAUCCUGCAACGCUAGAGUGAACGCGUUUAUGUGAUAUUCCAAAUAAGCACCACAUGUCCUGAUUCAAUGCAUUUCUGAACCAUGAAGGGGCUUUUUUUUAUGACGAUGACUUUUGCAUUAUUUUUUAAUCAGUGUCAUUAAAAAGACAUUAGAUAUAAGUUUAAUUCACAACAGUUGUUUUAUGUUUUCUAAGAAUACUUUGUCUUCACCAAAGCCAUCUAUGUUGUUGCUCAAUGAGAUUCAGUGUAGUUCCUUUAAAUGUUUAUCUCUGUUCACUGCCAGAAAUGAAGUAUAACGUUGUGUAGCCACAAGAUCACUUGAUUGAAUGUUGGAGUGUGUGUUUGUACAGGAGUGUGUCUGAGUCGUGUGAAUAAAAUAUGUUUUUUUGA